CAGAAAAACAGAACCAUUAUGGGCGGAGCUUCUGUUUUGCACUCAACCAUGGCUAAUUCGCUGUCAAUCCACACUCGCCCUUUUCAUUGGUCGAGAGCUUGAGAGGUUAAUUAGUAUUCACAAAAAAAAAAAUGGCGUCUGUUAAGCGAGAAAGAAGAGAGAAAGGGUUUUAUUCGUCAUUACACAACACUACGUCGGAGGAUAUAUUACCGAUUUGUAAGAAAGUUAGGAGAAUUAAGGGAACAGGCCGCUUAUGGGAAGUGGAGCGAUUGAUAUCGCGGAGAUCUACUAAAGGAAAAACCGAGUUUCUUGUUCAGURGAAAGGUUUCUCUCCUUAUGAAGCUAGCUGGCAGGACGAAAGCGAAAUAACUCCGGAAUGUCUACGAUUGUUCUUUAAUCCAUCUCUAGAACAAAUGACUAUAUACAACGAGGUGGCAACAUUGAGGGCGGCAGUAGAGGGGCACCUGUUAUCCAAAUCCAGACUGCCAGUUACUGUUACUUUUCGUGGUGAUGUAUUUAGGUGGCUAUUUGAAAACAAGGGAAACAAAGAAAAGGGGUGGCUAUAUCUUUACAAAAGACAUUUUCAUAAGAAAUAUUUCCCCCCAUGUGGGAUCACUGCUGUGACUCUCAUGGCCAGGGUAUAAAGGUUUUCUACCCUAUGAAAAUUAGAGCCUUUAUAUCCUGGUCACCAAAGAAGUAUUACCUAAAAGGGGGCAAAUAUAUACCUUGCUCUAGGUUGUAUUUAGAAAGGGCAACAUUCUCCUUUGUAAAGGUAGCAUUAUGUGAUAGUGAUGAUUAAGUCURAUAAUUAAUCUAAUAUCCUCAAUCAAACUUUGCAAAGGAGAAUGUUGUAGACUAUUAUUAUUGACAUGACUGUGGGUUUACAAAUUGUGUAUGUAGCUUAUUUCUAUAUAAUCAGUGGUUAGUCAAAAACA